UCGCCCGCGGGACCCUGCGGCUCCUCAGCACCCCGCUGCCCGCGUUGCCCAGCGGCGCCCGUCAGGGCCGUGCUCGGUAGCCCGGGAGCAUCCAUUUUCUGGCCCUUCUCGAGCCUGACAGCAGGGUGUGUGACUUAGGCUUCAUGCUUGUGGCCUACCUUUAAGCUGUUGCUGUUUCUUGGGCUUUCUUGCCGUACUUACUCCCUGGGCAAGCUCAUUCACACCUAUGGCUUCAUCUGUCACACGUAUGUUGAUGUGUUCCAGGUAUACUGAGAGUUUGCUCCAGACCUACAGGUAGGUGAGCCCGUGAAACAGUAUGAAGAGGAGAAAAAUAGCCUUUUAAAGAGACUGGCCCACAGAAAGGAUGGCCUUCUUGGACAAUCCAACUAUCAUUCUAGCUCAUAUUCGACAGUCACACGUGACCAGUGAUGACACGGGAAUGUGUGAGAUGGUUCUCAUUGAUCAUGAUGUUGACCUAGAGAAGACUCAUCUUCCUUCAGUGCCUGGAGACAGUGGGUCAGAAGUGCAGGGAAGCAGUGGUGAGACGCAGGGCUACGUGUAUGCCCAGUCUGUCGAUAUUACCUCCAGUUGGGACUUUGGUAUUAGAAGACGCUCAAACACAGCUCAAAGAUUAGAACGACUCCGCAAAGAGAGACAAAACCAGAUCAAAUGCAAAAAUAUUCAGUGGAAAGAAAGAAAUUCUAAGCAAUCAGCCCAGGAGUUAAAGUCACUGUUUGAAAAAAAAUCCCUCAAAGAGAAGCCUCCAAGUUCGGGCAAGCAGUCCAUAUUGUCUGUACGCCUGGAGCAGUGCCCUCUGCAGCUGAAUAACCCCUUUAAUGAGUACUCCAAGUUUGAUGGCAAGGGUCAUGUGGGUACAACUGCAACUAAGAAGAUCGAUGUCUACCUCCCCCUGCACUCGAGCCAGGACAGACUGCUGCCAAUGACGGUAGUAACAAUGGCCAGCGCCAGGGUGCAGGACCUCAUCGGGCUCAUCUGUUGGCAGUACACAAGCGAAGGACGGGAGCCAAAGCUCAAUGACAAUGUCAGUGCCUACUGCCUGCAUAUUGCUGAGGAUGAUGGGGAGGUAGACACAGAUUUCCCACCGCUGGAUUCCAAUGAACCCAUUCAUAAGUUUGGCUUCAGUACGUUGGCCCUGGUUGAAAAGUAUUCCUCUCCUGGUCUGACAUCCAAAGAGUCGCUCUUUGUUCGAAUAAAUGCUGCUCAUGGGUUCUCCCUUAUCCAGGUGGACAGCACGAAGGUCACCAUGAAGGAGAUCUUGCUAAAAGCAGUGAAGCGAAGAAAGGGAUCCCAGAAAACUUCAGGCCCUCAGUACCGCCUGGAGAAGCAGAGCGAGCCUAACAUCGCGGUGGACCUGGAGAGCACGCUGGAGAGCCAGAAUGCCUGGGAGUUCUGCCUGGUCCGCGAGAACAGUUCAAGGGCAGACGGAGUUUUUGAGGAGGAUUCACAAAUUGACAUCGCUACAGUACAGGAUAUGCUUAGCAGCCACCAUUACAAGUCAUUCAAAGUCAGCAUGAUCCACAGACUGCGAUUCACAACUGACGUGCAGCUAGGUAUCUCUGGAGACAAAGUAGAGAUAGACCCUGUUACGAAUCAGAAAGCCAGCACUAAGUUUUGGAUUAAGCAGAAACCCAUCUCAAUCGAUUCUGACCUGCUCUGUGCCUGUGACCUUGCCGAGGAAAAGAGCCCCAGUCACGCGGUAUUUAAGCUUACGUAUCUAAGCAGUCAUGACUAUAAGCACCUCUACUUUGAGUCCGACGCAGCCACAGUCAGUGAAAUCGUGCUCAAGGUUAACUACAUCCUGGAAUCGCGAGCAAGCACUGCCCGGGCUGACUAUUUUGCUCAAAAACAAAGGAAACUGAACAGACGUACAAGCUUCAGCUUCCAGAAGGAGAAGAAAUCAGGGCAGCAGUGACACUGGCCUCCAGUCUGUUGCGACAGCCCAGAUUGCCCGCCAGGCCAGGUGGCCCCAGAGCCCACCUGCAUCCUGCAGUGCCUGGACUCACAGGCCUGGCGCUGCUGGGCUCUACAGGAAGUUUCAGACAUCGGGAGUGCCAUUCAGUCCAAGGACAUUGCCAUUGGACUGAAACCUGGCAAUGGCUUUAAGUAGCAAUGCCCAGGAGCCAGGCCAUCUCCUGGAGGGGCCAUGUGCUGCCCAGCCACCUUCACUGCCAGGCAGUCCCACCAAGGAUGUACAUAGCCAUGCCAGACAUCUCCUUGCAACUUGAUCAAAUUUCUUAAGGCAAACAAAGAACAAAAGUGUACAUUUCUCUUUUUUUCCUUUUAAUAAACAGGUGUUCUCUUUAUCAUGGUUGGUAUGAUGGACCAUUCUUUGGGGCAGAGGAUUGAUUAUAUUAUCUUUAAAAUCUGUUUCCAUAUUGAACAAACAGAUUACAAAGGCUGUGGUUGGAGCUCUCAGAAGCAAUGUUAGGGCUUAGACAGUAGUUUUUAACUGUGCCAUUUGUUUAAAUGAGUGCAUUUGCUUUGAGAAUAGCAUCUUACUAAAGCUAGGAAUGAGGACCCUGCACGUGGUGAAUGCGUGCCUGCGUGCGCGUCCAUCCAAGGCUGUCAUUUUCCCCUUCUAAGGCCUUCUCAACCUGUGACCUGAGAGACAGUUGCUGGUGGGAUAGUGUGACAGUGUCUCCAGGUGGUACUGAGUCCCAGCCAGAGGGGCCUCUUGUUUCCUCUUUGCAAGUGUACGAAGGUCAGCUCGCCUCCCUGGCUCUGAAGCCUGUCUCCUACCCUCUUACCCAUGCUGCUGUGAGAGCUGGAAAUGCUGCUGCUGUGCUGGGUCAGAGGGAAGGGGAGCAAGCCCUGGGCAGAAGAGGCAAGGAACCCAGCACCCUGACACCACAUCACCUCUGGCUACACCAGAUGCCUCUGCAGACCUCACCGUGGUCCCUCCUGUGGCAGUGUCCUUUUAUACUGUCUUGGGCCAGGGCUGAUGUCUCAUACGACCUGUGUUUAGAACAAUUUUUUAAAUCAUUGUGUCUGAGCAUCUCAGAGUCAAGUGUGUUUCUUUGCAAAGGGGUCGUCUGAAUGAAUGCCUCUCUCAUUCUGAUCUGUUCAGCCAACAGGAGCACCCUUUUCUAAUGUCUUCCAUUCCUAUCUCCCCCAAAAAGAAAUAUUAUUUGUAGCUUGCUCUGUAUUUGAAUUUUUAGCAAUUUUAUAUUUAGAUAUCUUUGAAAAUGUAAAUGACUAAUUUGGUCAUUAAAUCUUGUCACAUUCAAUAUUAAAAUACUAAAAUAAAAGUCAUAAAUACC